CACCGGUAACACAAGUUCCUGUGCUCUGCCAUGUUAUCUUCCAUUUUGGUUUUGGUCGUCGAGAAGGUUAGCCGUGUCAUCAUCGUCUACUGAAUAAGAUGACGUCCAAAGUUUCGCGUGAUACUCUAUACGAGUGCGUAAAUUCCGUGCUCCAGCAUUCGCAAGAGAAAAAAAGGAAGUUUCUGGAGACUAUAGAGCUUCAGAUCGGUUUGAAGAACUAUGAUCCACAGAAGGACAAACGUUUCUCAGGCACCGUCAAGUUGAAGAAUAUUCCCAGACCAAAAAUGCAAGUAUGUGUUCUUGGUGAUCAACAGCAUUGCGAUGAAGCUAAAGCCAAUAAUAUUCCAUACAUGGAUGCAGAAGCACUUAAGAAGCUUAAUAAGAAUAAGAAGCUUGUUAAGAAGCUUGCAAAGAAAUACGAUGCCUUCUUGGCUAGUGAAUCAUUGAUUAAGCAAAUUCCCCGUUUACUUGGUCCCGGUUUGAACAAAGCCGGUAAAUUCCCUGGGCUGUUAUCUCAUCAAGAAUCGAUGGUCGGCAAGAUUGACGAAGUCAAAGCUACCAUUAAAUUUCAAAUGAAGAAAGUUCUGUGCUUGUCGGUAGCCGUUGGACACGUCGACAUGACACCCGACGAGUUGGUACAAAAUGUACAUCUCUCAAUAAACUUUUUGGUUUCUCUGUUGAAAAAGCAUUGGCAAAACGUGCGUUCCCUUCACAUCAAAUCUACUAUGGGACCACCACAAAGAUUGUAUUAAGACAUUUGAUGCAAUAUGUUUCUAAAUGUAUAUUCAUAUAUUGCAAUAAAAGCCAAAUAAAAUUGA